CCUUGCAGAACAGGAGGUAAGAGGUAUAAAUAUUAUAAUCAGCCACGAGCAACAUAUCCUACUUCACUUCGCUUAAUAUUCAUUCUUUUUUUUCAAAAAUUAUAACUUGUAAAAGCAUACUUUUCAAGAAAGUCUUUACAAACGAGAACGUCCAAAACGUAAACUGACUUCGUCCACAUUCAGUGAAAUUAAUUAUUUCUGUUGUGUAUGUCCUGAGAUACUACAAAUUAGAUUUAGAGAUUUCUCAAACUUCUUAUAUCAAUCUGGUAUGUGAGAUAUUAUCAGCCAAUGAUUAUACCCUACACCACUUGUGGAAUAGUGUAUAAUAAGAUUUUGCGGACAUAUGUAACAUACAGGGCUUAAGAUAGAUCCACUUUUUCUCUUUUCUUCUCUUUCACUUUCACAAUUCAGAAUCGUAAUCUAAAUUGAUGUAAGCCUGUCUGCCCGUCUGAUGUCCGUUCAUGAAAGUUUGUGUUCAAGAUACAUGAUGAAAUUUGAUACAGUGAUGUAUUUUGACCAAGAAACGAAUGCUAUUGAAAAUGGUUCAGAUCCGUCUACUUCUUCCACCAAGUAACGCCCUAUUCUCAAAUCUCGUUAUAUGUAACAAAUUGUAAUUUUCAAAAUUUCUAGGCAAACAAAAAAAAAAAAUUGAACUGUGCUAAAUUCAGAUCAUCUCUGCCUAAUUUUUAAUUAAUACCUUAUAUAUCAAUUUGCACGAAAUUAGUAGGGCAGAGAAGUCUAAACUAAAUUUAAGAAAAAACAAUUCACUAUACCAAAUUUGAGCCACUUAGACUUAUUUUUAGAUCCUACCCUAUAUAAGAACUUUUACGAAAAUUUCUGUUUUUUAGGUUAGAAAAGUUUAAGCUUUAAUAUGUUAUGAUGAGAAUUUUUUAUGAUGAGAAUUUGAUAUACAAAUUACAACCGUUCUGACGAAAAGUAAGCCUUUAUUUGGUCGGAGUCGUAUUUUGCAUAUCCAGUUCCAUAACGAUAAGCUCUUAUAAAAACAGAGUUGUGUUCUAUGGCAAGAAUACGAUUUGUGUGAGACAAUGCGGCGUAGGGUAUUUAAUAGUCGGCCCAUAAUGUUUUCUUUUUCGACUAUUACAGUGGGUGUUAUCCCUAAGACACUAAUUUAUAUUCCUAACGCUCCACGUUUCACAUUUUCAUCUAUGGUGUAUUAUGGUAGAUCCAAUAUUAUUGACAGCUAGGAAAAGAUAUCUCCUAAAUCAUUAUAGAGAUCUUUAUAGGACGGAGGUUUUCAAUUGAAUUCUUCAUCUUGAUGCAAGCCUAUAACGCAAAUGUUACCAGAGACAUGAAGUUUUCUUUAACAUUUUUAUACGAAUUUUGAGAGAAAAGUUCGUAAAGAAGAAUUCCGCGCUUUAUUUACUUACUUUUAUUUAUUUAAAUUAUUGAUAUGAAUAAAUAAACAUAAAAUAAAAUACAUUUAUAAAACAUUUGUAGCAAAACACCCAGCAUGAACACCUAUCUGCAGGCAUUGAAAUGCGAAACACUUUAACUCAAAUUGAUUGAAAAAAUCUACAAACAAUUCAAAUCAUAAUAAGUGGAUUGCGUUCUUUAAAGCAUAACCAAGAUUAGGUCGUACAUGCUACGAUAAGAGCAAAAAAAAAAAAAAAAUGUGAACAAAUAAUGUGAGAACAUAAGAAGAGAGAAAGAGAGAGCAAAAUAUUCUUCAUAUCUCAAUUGCAAUAAUGUGAAGAAAAGAGUAAUUGAAAGGAAAAAGAAUAAGACAAUUUUAACGGUAACCGCGUUCAUUUUCAAUUAAUAACGGAAUUGAAAUUAAUUAAAAAGAAUUGAGUUUGAUUUGCUUCGUAAUACAUUAUCAUGGAAUUUCAGGGUUUUAAUUAUUAUGAUAUGAAUGAGUGAAUAAGUGAAGUGACACAGUGUACGUAAACAAAUUAUCACUAGGGGAAGGAAUUUUUUGGAAUUUGUAACAUUAUGGAUGCGUCCAGAGUAUCUACACCUUCAUCAGCUGGCUUAAGUCAACGCAAUAUGACCUUAAUGUAUGAAAGGCGUGAUUCUAAACAGCUAAACAGUUCACCGCAUUCAACUCAAUUACCGCUAACGGCGGGUAAAGACGUUAUAAAUCACGUAAUUGGCGAUUUCGGAAUCUGGCAACUCCGUACUAUCCUUAUCAUAUUUUUAUGUAAAAUACCGGCAUCUUGGUUUAUGGCUUGCAUAAUAUUUACCGCACCCGAACUAUAUCCGAGUACGGAAUUCCAAUGCGAUCCGUCGUCCUUGAAUCCCAAUCAGACCGUUACAGCGAAUCAAUGUUACAUAGAGGACACGACAACCGGCGAACGUGCGGAAUGUAGAAAUUUUUUAUAUACCUUCGAUUUUCAUUCAUUGAUUAUGGACUUCGAUUUGGUAUGCCUACGGGAUAUAUUUGUUGCUUGGACUCAAUAUUGGCAUUUGUUUGGUGUGCUGGUGGGCGGUGUUACAGCUACAAAAAUGAUGAUAUUCAUUAGUCCACGCCAUGUGUACUUUAUCGGUCAGAUGGCUCAGAUUGUAUGCGGUGUUGUAACCGGUUAUGCUCGCGACUUUUCUUUACAUUGUGCUUUUCGAUGCCUGUCUGCGGUAUGCUGUGCGAUAAUGUUUACCUCGGGACAGGCCAUAUUUGCUGAUCUAACUUUUGGUAUUUACCGGUCGGGUGCAAUUAUUCUCUAUGAUACCUUUUGGUCAAUUGGCGUUAUUUUUUUACCAUCGUUAUCGUCCUUCUUCAAUAAUUGGACUCACAUAUAUUUGGGCAUUACAUUUCCAACUUUAAUUCUAACAUUUCUCUUACAAUGGACACCCGAUUCGCCACGAUGGCUUUUGAAAAAUGGCAGGGAAAACGAUGUGGAACAUGUCGAGUUAAUGAUACGACAAGGAGCCACUAUUAAUGAUCGUGAAUUUAAAAUCCCUUCAGAUUUUCGGGACCAACUAAUUGCUUUAAGAAAUAAGCUACGAUCGGGCCCGCCACCAGCAAAGUGGUCGGAUUUAUGGCGUGGUCCCCGAGCGAAACUCCACAUGAUAGGAGCUCAUUUGGCUUUGUCGGCGUUUGUAAUAAAUUUCAUGGGCAUGUUGUUAAAUAUUCGUUCAUUUGGUCGCGAUUAUUUGGUGCCAAAUACCAUAGCAAUGGGUUUCGCGGAAAUUGCUGGAUGCUUUAUGGCCUUGCACUUUCAAUUGAAGUAUGACAAAUGGAAAUGGCAAUGGGCAGGUGGUCUCAACAUUUUCGCAGGCUUAAUCGGUUGUUCAGGAUGGUACUUCAGUCAUGCCGAAUUGAAUUCCGAAUUAAAAGUCACGCUAUGGAUGAUUAUAGCUACAAUACCGAAGGCUGGCGUAUCAUGCGCUCAGUCUAUGAUUAUGGCUUGUAUGGCGGAGGUAAUGCCGCCUAGUAAGAAGAUACCCUACGUUUUUUCUGUGGUUACGUUUGCUCGUGUUUGGCUUUUAUCGGCACCGUUUAUUAAUGUCUUGAAGAAAAUUGAUGUCGCCCUGUCCUUGAGCUCUUAUUGUGCUCUCAGUAUAUUUGGCGGUAUAUGUACCUGUUUAAUGUUAACGCCAAGAACUCCUAUGCCUACUGUUACAUUACCGGAGGAUAAAAUGAAAAAUCAAAAGGAGGCUUCACCUCUAACAGCAAACGUUUGGACCGUCGAAAACGAUGUGAACAAUACGCGUUUAUAGUCACAAUAAGUUUUUUUUUUUUCUUUUUUUUUAAAUCUCAAAAUGCU